ACAUUGUGAACCAGACCUCAUAUUUCUCCAGCUGCACCACCGGGACAACAGCUGCUCCGCUUCUUUGUCACUUUGAAUCCGCGAAACCGUGAAACCGCACGCUUUUACGCACAGUCAUGGUUUUUACGCACAGGUGAACUUAUCUUCUCUCGUCGCUGCUCCAACUCAUCAAGUAAAGUAAGAAGGAAUCACACCUCGGUCCCUAUCUCCUCCUCCUCCUCCUCCUCCUUCAUCCUCUUUCCUGGUUGCUCGGAGGUGAACAGGUUAUCGGAGCCAUGUCCAGGAAGAAGGCAGUCAAAGCCAAAGGAAGCUCCAAGAGCCCCAAGGCGUCGCCGAGCAGCAGCGCUGGCAGCGGCAGGGACAGCGGGAGGACGGGGAAGGGUCUGUCCGCCGCUGCCGCUCCGUCCUCCGGACUGGUUUAUCCCAGCAGACCGUCCAUCAGCAACAGCGGAGAGUUUUACGACAUCGCCUUCAAGGUGAUGCUGGUGGGGGAUUCAGGUGUGGGGAAAACCUGUCUGCUGGUUCGCUUCAAAGACGGAGCCUUUCUCGCCGGGAGCUUCAUCUCAACUGUGGGCAUCGACUUCAGGAAUAAAGUUAUGACGAUUGAUGCAGUGAAGGUCAAACUGCAGAUUUGGGACACCGCUGGACAGGAGCGCUUCCGGAGCGUCACACACGCUUACUACCGCGACGCUCACGCUCUUCUCCUUCUGUAUGACGUCACAAACAAAUCCUCCUUUGACAACAUCAGGGCCUGGCUGACGGAGAUCCACGAGUACGCUCAGCAGGAUGUGGUCGUCAUGCUGCUAGGCAACAAGGCCGACUCCACACACGACCGGGCGGUGAAGCGAGAGGAGGGGGAGAAACUGGCCAAGGAGUUUGGAGUGCCCUUCAUGGAGACGAGCGCUAAAUCUGGACUGAAUGUGGAGCUGGCCUUCACUGCUGUGGCCAAAGAACUGAAGCACAGGACCAUGAAGGAGCCUGAUCAGCCAAAGUUUCAGCUGCAGGAGUAUGUCGACAAAGAGAUGAGGACUGUGGGCUGCUGCCGCUUGUAGACAACAUCCUGUUUGUGUGUGUGUGUGUGCGUGUGUGUGUGUGUGUGUGUGUUUGUGUGAGAGAGAGAGAGAGAGAGGUAUAUAACAGGUAUAUUCUGUAAUAAAUCUGAGGUAAUGUUUCGUGAUGAUAUGGCAAACAUGCUCCCUCUACCAACCCACCGUUCCUCUACAACUGUGAAUGUAAUAUAACUCUGUGUACAUGCAUGCACGUAUGCAUGUUUACACACACACAAACACACUUUCUGUAGUUGUGAGGACACUCAGACUUCUUAUUCCCCUAACAGAACCUUACAGCCGCAGCCGGAAGAAUUGUUGAUUGUUGACCAAAUGUUAUUAAAGCACUCACAUGUCUGGGUCCCAUCUCUCAGAUGAGCAUGGAUGGACAGAUUGCACUAUUUUCAUAUGCGACAGAUGACCAGAGACAAUCUCUUUAUCUCUGCAACUCUGUGCCGAUGCUGACGUGUGUUUUAUGUGUUUUGCCUUCUUUUUAUUUGGUUCAGACUCUUUCAGUGUGGCACGUUUUUGUUCUGAGAAGGGACCUGUAUUCAGAGUAGGUGUAAUACGAGUGUCCACUCUCUCUGUGAACUUCCCCAGUGAUUGGUCAGAGACUGGGAGUGACGUCACCCCCCGAGUUCUCUGCGUUCCAGUCUGAAAAACUAUAGACGCAAACAUAUCUCAGGCUUGCCUUUGUUAGCAAUACCACUCAAAAACAAUCCUCUACAUGGUAUUUCACUCAUAUAAGCAGUGUAACAGCAUGUCUAGGGUUAAAAAUAAAACAGUAUAUGUGUACGACGGAUUUACUGUGAUACAAAUAUGAUAUAUAUAUAUAUAUAUAAUAAUUGCAAUUAAUGGUAAAAGUUAUGGAAAGCAAAUAGGGUCACUAUUCGUCUACUUGAUUAUUUUACGUGAGGCGCCGUCCACAACAGCGUCAAGUAAACGGUAGGCGCACUUAAUUGUGACCUUGUUGGCUUUCCAUAGCAGAGUUUGUAAGGCGGCAGCCAUCACAGAAUCCCAUGUCAGGGUUGGUGAGGUUGCUCUAAGUUUCUGAAUUGGACACCUGAGUUCUGGAUCAACCCAUGACCUCGGAAAUUCCGAGUUCAGACCACAAAGAAAAUGGUGCAGAAGUCGAAGUGUCAGUCUCUCUCAGUAUUGAUCCCCAUUAUUGCUCAAAAAUUUCCAAAACAAAAUCACUUUGUCCUCACAGUGGCGAUGAUUUUGUGCCAAAAACGUGUCCCCACAACCACAGAAAGACACACAACAACACCAACACCAGUUGAACACAUCCGUUUGCAGCUUUGCAUACAUGUGAUGUACAUAUUUUAAAUACCAUUUUAACUGUGCGUUCUGAAAUCUUUGUAGUUUGUAAAACAUCUGUCUCGUUUGAAACUGAAGUAAGUCGACAAAUCUCAUGAAUGCAUUUGUACGGACGCAGUUCCGCAGCAGAUGUGACGCCAUCGGACGACACUGUGCGCUGUUGUUAAAACUCAUAGGCGUACUGCUAGUACUACUGACCUUGACUAUCUUCAUGCUAAUGUGAUGUGAAAUAUCGAUGGAUAUUUUCUACACAGACCGUUGACUUUGAAGCCAUUAUUGGGGCAUUUUACACAAAUAAAUCACUUAGUAAUUAUUACACUGUAUUAAAUCAGUAAAUGCAUGUACUGUAUGUGUCAAAUGACCACUAUUGUACUUUGCAUUGUACUCAUUUUGGACAGUUACUGUCUUAAAACUACAUGAUUCUUGUCCAAAACUUUCCAUCCCAUCUUCUCAUCAACACGUUUAAUUUAUGUAAUAUUAAAUGAACCUCAUAUGCAAAUUCUCAUGCAGCAGUCUGUGGUUUAAAGAGUACAUUUUCCUAGUGAAUUUAGCUGUUGUUGUUUUUUGAAUCACAAAUGCAGUGUAUCAUGUAAAUAAAUAAUGAAUAAAUAACAAAAAGUGCCACCAAACAUUUCUGACGUCACUCUCAUAGGUUUUUGUUUUCCUGUAAAUAUGAAUGUUAUUGUAAAAGUUGACACUUCUUGUACUUUCGAAACCCAAACUCACAACAUAACGAAAACUCUUCUUUUUUUUCUUUCUUUUUAGAGGUUUUGGUUUGGAAAUAUUCACUUGUUUUUUUUCCUCCUGGGGUUUUGUAGUUCCUGUCACUCCAUAGUUAUGCUGUCAUUGGGAUAAUGUUGCACUGUGGUCCCGAGAGGAGAAAGAGGGGAAACAUGAGUGGAAACUCGGUAGUGGCUUUAAAGAUGCAAGAAAUGCAAAUAAAAAAUAAUAUAUGGUUUCCUUUAAGUCAAUAACAGGUAUUUUUCCACAGACCAGAGAAAGAAUCACUAUUUUUUGUCAGAUGUUCUAUCAAAGCUUGUUCUGCCAAUGUUAAAAUAAAUGAUAAUAAUAAUAAUAAUAAUAAUAAAAAAAUCUGGAAAAACUGUGAAUACAGAUUCAAAAUGCUUAUAUUCAAGAUGUCAUUUGUUUAUUGUUAACUUGUAAUCGUUAAACACUGUAUCUUAAUUGAAACGAUUUGUAUUGUAUCAAACUCAAGUAUUCUCAAUAAAGAUUCAACAAUGA